AUACUCGUUUGGUAGUUUUCCUCAUCCAUGUACGUAUACUAUACACUAGCUAACUCAAUUUGACCCCUUACCCCCUUCCCCCCAUCAGGGACGGUCCCCUAAGUGGAUUCCCUUUCCAUUUCUCAAAAGACCAUGCAUGUCUGAUCCUUGGCUUUAUGGUUUCAUGUUAUCACCUUAGCAUAACCUGUCAGUCACAAAAUCUAAAGUCAUAUACUCAAGUAUAAUACUGGCAAAUUUUAUACGAUACCAUGAACCUGGUUAACAUAUUGUGGGCAAGUGGAUGAGAUCCUCAUCCCUAUGCCACCCCAUGCAGACCCUUAUUACCUACUAGCCCUCCUACCUCCUGUAACCUAUCAGGCAGAAAGUGUGAGGGGUAGGAAAGGGAAGAGGUUCAGAAAUUUUAGAUCUUGACAGUAUAUACUAUAUCUCUUACCAUAAAGAGGUUAACUUUGAGCUGAAAAUCAAAUGUUUGUUUGAUUUGUGUCAGGUGCAAAAAAGAUUGAGAAAGAAACAUUUUGUCACUUUAAAUACAAAUUACAAAUACCCCUGUUUGAUAUCUAAUUCUGGGGGUAUAAUUUUGAUUCUUUAUAUUCUGAUAUAUGAUUGAAUGGUACCUUAAAGUAUAGGAACAAAAACGAGGUUACAUCAUUAAUUCUUACUCUUCAUAGAAAUAAACAUAUAAAAUGUGCAUUAUGUUUCAGGUUCUUGUGUCCAGGAUUCUAGGGGUCAAUGAAGAGACAGGUGACAAGAUGGAACUGUACAAAUGUUUUAUGUGCAGUGUUGCAUUUCCAUCCAUUUCAAGACUACAAGCUCAUCUAUUUCAGCAUAAGCAACAGUUUGUCUGUUGCAAGUGUAGUUUUUCAUGUGAUUCAAGAGUCCAAUUUUCUCACCAUGUACAGCAUGAACAUCUUUCUCCACCUAUGCAGUCUAACAGGGAUAAGGAAGAUGCAAGAUGUGAUAUGAGUGAUGAUUCCUGUAGUGCAGAGAAUACAGUCACAGUAGCUGCACUUUUAUCUGCUCUUCGGGAGAAGGCUCAAGAAAACAGACCCGUUACUCUUGCUCAGAAAGAAACCUUUGAGGAAGAGGAAGAGAAUGUUAGUGAGGACUCUUACCCAGUUUCCCCAUCAUCUGAGUCACAAGAAGCAGGAGAAAUACAAGAAGGAAGUACAGGAGAGGAUCUCUUCAAGAUGUACACGUGUAGAUUUUGUGGAAAAAAAUUUGACCGUGCCUUUUCAUGUAAUCGACAUGAACGUGUGCACACUGGAUACAAACCAUGUUUUUGCCGAGUGUGUGGACGAGGUUUCUCAGAGCCAAGAAAUUUGAGGCAUCAUGUAAUCAGAUUUCAUAGUGAUGGAUCUCUCCGUCACCUUAUUAAAAGAGAUAGACGUAAAAAAGGGGAGGAAGAUUCCCCUAUUCCUUCCAUAUCGCCUGUACCUGUGAAGUAUCCUGAAAAUAGGUUGAAUAAUGUUUUAAAAGAGACUGCAAAUAAACUUAUAUCUACUUCCAAUAUUGAUAUCACAGACUACUCAGGAAAGCCCACUGGAUUGGAGGCUUCACUAGCUUCAAAAAAUGUGAAUAGGUGUGAGGAUAUAAAUAAAGACCUUAAAAGAUCAUUAACUCCACCUCUGAUAGAGACCAUGAAAGAGCAGACAAAUUCCGAUGUGUCUGCUGCAGUCACAACCUAUACCACAAAUCUCACAAAAAUAAUUGCUGCAUCUUUAGACAAUACUUCACGCAUUAGUAGAAGACAUACAUUAUUUACCGACGCAUACAGAGAUGAAUUAGAGCCUGGAGAAAUCAGGUUAGAUAAGCGUUCGAAAAUUAUUGAUGAUGGAGAAAGUGGACGACGAUUAGUCAUAACAGAUGACCAAGCAGAAGAAGGGCUGGAUCACUCCCCUCAUUUCUCUAACUAUGCUCCAAGGGCAAGGAUGAACAUGUAUUCACCCAGGAAAUACCAGUUAAUCAAGUUUGUGCGCACACAUUGGUGUGAUGAGCUUUAAUUGCUGUGCUGAUUAUGAUAAGAAUUCAAAUGUUGAUUUACUGAAUUAAUAUUCAAGAGAGGAAUAACAGACAGUUCUGAGAAUGAUACUUAGUAAUUAAAAUAUACUUUCACAGACCGCUCUAAUACUGCAAAACUGUUAAUUAACUUGUGAAGGAUUUUAUUGUAGUAUUCAAAAUGAAUUAUUUAUAUCAGUAUGAAAUUAUUUUAUGUAAAAGAGGAACAAAUUAUAUUUAGAUAUGUGAACUGGAUUUGAUAAUCUCAUAAUUACCUCAAUGUGGUAUAAGGGUUUUGGCUAUUCUUUCCCAUAUAAGAGAAAACACUCGCUAUGAUAUACCUCUUCCUAAUGGUGUGUGCACCAAGAAACACUUCCUCUAUAAAUGUGUAGUGAAACACUCAUGAAAUGUAUGUAUUGAAACACUAAUGGCAAAUGGGUAGUAAGAAUGAGUGUAUUUUUGGUACACAUGCAUGUAAAGUACAAGUGUUUUGAUUUGUGGUAGCUAUGCUUGCUAGCUCUCAGGUAAUACAAGCUUUUCUAGAUGAAUAUUAUUUUAGGUGAUCUUUCAUAAAACUGUUACAAGAGGUUUAUCUCUUUAAUAUGUAUGCAUGAGACCUAUCCAUGUAUAAGUUCUUCACUUUCAUGAUUGCAAAUGAAUGCUUGAGAAAAUUGGUGCUUUUAGCCAGGACUCCAACCUCUUGAAAUGCUGGAAAUUGAUAUUAUUUCAAUAUUCAAAUUAUUAGCUUUAGUGAUUCGUCUCCACCAUUUCCAUUUUUUUAUGAGUUAUUAGAGGUAGAUAUAUAUCUUCAUUGUUGAUUAUUUUCACUUUUUGAGCAUAGUGCAUGGAUUGUGCCCCUGUAAUUGACUAUUAGAUUAUUAUUUAAUUUUCGAGUUAUCAGCAUUAUUGAUAUUACAGUUUCUUCGACUUCUGCUAGUAUGAAUUUCUAUACUUAAUUAUUAACUUUUCAUUACUUUUAAUUACAUUAUUAAGAAUGUUCCUUGUGAAUUUCUUGUUGAUAAUGAUGAUAAGUACUGUUUUUUUCUACUUCUUCCUUCUUAUGAAUUAUUAGUAUAAUCAUUAUCCAAUUCACUGUCUGAUUAGACUGCUAAUAAUAUGGAUUUAACUAUUACUACUGCUAUUAUAUUGACACCCACACACUGACAGGUAAAAGAGAUUUGGAGCCCUGGCUUUUGUUACCAUUCGUAAGAUCUUUACAGUGUAUUUAACUUGUACCUUAUUCCCAGUAACUUCUUAAAAAUGUAUGUUCAUAUAGAUGUUUGAAAAUUAUAUAACAGUGCACGUAAGGGAACUACCACUUUGUUGGUGUCGCUACGCAAGAAAUUUGUAUUUGAACUGUGUCUUUUAUAGUGAAAUGAGUAAUGUAUUUUAUUAUUUUUUGAUGUGAGCAAGUUUAUAAUUGAUUUUCAUAUAAUUGAAUAUACAGAUGUGGAUUCAUUAACUUAUAAAGCAUAUUCCUCUCUGUCAUUCUUGCCAACUCUCUCUUACUGUAUUCUCCUUUCAUUCCGUUUUUUAAAUACAGUAGAUAAAAGAAUGUUUUAUAUCAUGUGCCAAUGUAGGAACUCUUUAUGUGCCAUUGAAAUGCCAUUUCCAUCAAGUGGAAUGAAUUUGUUUUUACAGUUUUAAAAUUUAUUUAUAAGGUUAUGUAUGGUGAUGUGGAAUCUGUACUUGUUUUAAAGUUAUUCAUCCAAUGUAGAUAUAUAUUUUCAAAUAUUUUGAACAUUCUGGAAGCAGAGGAUAUAAGAGAGAUUGUUCUGUAAGUAUAUGAUUCAUAAUAUGUAUGUGUUUAGAGACUUGAUUUUGGACAGAGCCAGUACCACAAAGACAGUGAGUUUAUUUUGAGAAAGUGAAGUUGCUACAGGAAUUGAUGUAAAUCAUUGGAUAGUAUUUGCUGAUGGUCGCUAAUGACGGAUCCAUUCCAUUUUACAAAUGUGAUGCAAUUUUAUACAAAAUUGUUUGUUUUGACUUUCUUAAAGUUUAAAAAUUACUUGUAAUUUAUCAAAGAUUAUUAUUUUUACUUUGAAUAACCAGUGACUAUAAAUAUUUGAGGGCCUUCCUUAAAUGUAAAUACAAUAUUUUGUUUAGGGGAUUGAUUUAUUUUCCUCAUUUAACAUUUAUUCUCUAUGUUUUGAAGCUCAAUGGGUAGUUAAAGUCCAUGGCUCCAUCCUGUAAGGAGAAUCAUUACUGUAUAUAGUACAAUCAUGCAAAGCCUCUGUUUCAACUUCCUCUUUCUGUUGACUCUUUCUGGUGCUAUGAUGUUGUCUUUUUUUAGUUAUACUUAUAUGGGCAUAAUGUUGUGUAGUUAUAAUUUUAUUGAUGAAUGUUAACAAAUAGGAAUGUAUUUGUAUAGAAUGAUGGAUAAUACUAUUUAAGGGAUUUUUUCUGUUGGCUCUCAUUAUGGUGUGUAGUGUGAAAGACUAUGAUUUGAUAACAUUCCAUUUUAUGAAAAGAAAAAAAUAAACAUAUUUUAUGCUGAAUAUUUA